AUGGACGCUGCUCUACCAUGGAAACAAGGAGAGCAGUGCUCCCUAGCAGUCACUGGGCUCUCUGGUUACUACCAGUGUUCUCUAGCAGUCACUGGGCCCCCUGGCUACUACCAGUGCUCUCUAGCAGUCACUGGUCUCUCUGGUUACUACCAGUGCUCCCCAGCAGUCAGUGGGCUCUCUGGUUACUACCAGUACUCUCUAGCAGUCACUGGACUCUCUGGUUACUACCAGUGCUCUCUAGCAGUCACUGGGCUCUCUGGUUACUACCAGUGCUCUCUAGCAGUCACUGGACUCUCUGGUUACUACCAGUGCUCUCGAGCAGUCACUGGGCUCUCUGGUUACUACCAGUGCUCUCUAGCAGUCACUGGGCUCUCUGGUUACUACCAGUGCUCCCUAGCAGUCACUGGGCUCUCUGGUUACUACCAGUGCUCUCUAGCAGUCACUGGGCUCUCUGUUUACUACCAGUGCUCUCUAGCAGUCACUGGGCUCUCUGGUUACUACCAGUGCUCCCUAGCAGUCAAUGGGCUCUCUGGUUACUACCAGUGCUCUCUAGCAGUCACUGGACUCUCUGGUUACUACCAGUGCUCCCUAGCAGUCACUGGGCUCUCUGGUUACUACCAGUGCUCUCUAGCAGUCACUGGGCUCUCUGGUUACUACCAGUGCUCUCUAGCAGUCACUGGGCUCUCUGGUUACUACCAGUGCUCUCUAGCAGUCACUGGACUCUCUGGUUACUACCAGUGCUCUCUAGCAGUGACUGGGCUCUCUGGUUACUACCAGUGCUCUCUAGCAGUCACUGGGCUCUCUGGUUACUACCAGUGCUCCCUAGCAGUCACUGGGUUCUAUGGUUACUACCAGUGCUCUCUAGCAGUCACUGGACUCUCUGGUUACUACCAGUGCUCCCUAGCAGUCACUGGGCUCUCUGGUUACUACCAGUGCUCUCUAGCAGUCACUGGGCUCUCUGGUUACUACCAAUGCUACAGCGUAGAAAUAAGGAGUAUCAGGAGCCUGUCUUACAUUGACCCAGAGGCAUUCAAGGACCUCACAAACUUAAAGUACCUGGGUAUCUUCAACACCGGCCUGCCAUCCUUCCCUGCUCUGGGCCAGAUCCGUUCCAGCCAGGACGACUUCAUCUUGGAAAUUGUGGAUAACCUCUUCAUCAGAGAAAUUCCUGCCAACUCAUUCAAUGGGAUCUCAGAGAAUGAAAUCACCCUGAUGUUGAACAGCAACGGUCUGACGGACAUCCAUCCCUACGCCUUCAAUGGAACCAGACUGGAGGAAGUGUACCUCUAUAGGAAUGUGGAUCUGGUGCGGUUGGACGAGAAGACAUUUUCUGGCGUGAUCAGCGGGCCAACUCUUCUAGACGUUUCCGAAUCAAGGGUGAAUUCCUUACCCACAAUGGGUCUGGAGGCUGUUCAAAAACUGAAAGCUAAAAACACUUGGGCCCUCAAGAAACUACCCCCCCUGAGGGCCUUCCAGCAUCUGCAGAGUGCUGAGCUCACCUACCCCAGUCACUGCUGUGGACUGAGCAAAGUGAAGAGGAGGAGAGGACACGUGGAGUCCGUCAUUUGCAACCUGACCAGCUCUACAAGACGACAGCGAUCAACUAGGCCCUCUGGAAACCCCUCUGAGGCCUACGAGAGGCAGCACCCCGAACACCCUCAUCCCACCAGCAGCAACCCCUCCCCCCGAGACAGCCAGCACCAUCAUCCCACCAGAAGCAGCCCCUCCCACCGAGACACCCAGCACCUCCAUCCCACCAGCAGCAACCUCUCCCCCCGAGACCCCCAGCACCAUCAUCCCACCAGAAGUAGCCCCUCCCCCCGAGACCCCCAGCACCAUCAUCCCACCAGAAGUAGCCCCUCCCCCCGAGACCCCCAGCACCAUCAUCCCACCAGCAGCAGCCCCUCCCCCCGAGACACCCAGCACCAUCAUCCCACCAGCAGCAGCCCCUCCCCCCGAGACCCCCAGCACCUCCAUCCCACCAGCAGCAGCCCCUCCCCCCGAGACCCCCAGCACCAUCAUCCCACCAGCAGCAGCCCCUCCCCCCGAGACCCCCAGCACCUCCAUCCCACCAGCAGCAGCCCCUCCCCCCGAGACCCCCAGCACCUCCAUCCCAACAGCAGCAGCCCCUACCCCUACGACUACCAGUACUACUACGAUAACUACAGCUGUCCCCCCUCCGGUAAGUGCUUCUACAUAGUGUUCCCUACGGAGGGCCCAGACGAAGGCUUUGACUACACCGUGUGCGAUGAUGACAGGGAGGACCAGGGGGUCCCCUGCACCCCUCUGCCCGAUGCCUUCAACCCCUGUGAGGACGUGAUGAGCCUGGGCUUCCUGCGGGUGUCUGUUUGGCUGGUUAGCUUGCUAGCCGUUCUGGCUAACCUCUUGGUCCUGUUCAUCCUGCUGACCAGCCACUACAAACUGACCAUCACCCGCUUCCUCCUGUGCAACCUGGCCAUGGCAGAUCUCUUCAUGGGCGUGUACCUCUUGCUCAUCGCGUCUGUGGACCUCUACACGCGCUCCCAGUACCACCACUACGCCAUUGACUGGCAGACUGGUGCCGGAUGCCAACUGGCUGGGGUGCUCACAGUGUUCGCCAGCGAGCUGUCAGUCUACACGCUGACCGCCAUUACUCUUCAGCGCUGGCACGCCAUCACCUUCGCCAUGAGGCCCGAGAGGAAAGUGCGACUACGCCACAUAGUGGUGCUAAUGCUAGCCGGAUGGCUGCUGUGCCUUGUGUUAGCUGUGCUACCGCUAGCUGGCGUUAGCAGCUACCAGAGGGUUAGCAUCUGCUUGCCCAUGGACACAGACUCAACCGCGGCCAUGGUCUACGUGGUCACCCUGCUAAUGCUGAACGUGCUCGCAUUCGUGUUGGUGAGCGUGUGCUACGUACACAUCUACUGCAUGGUGCACAACCCACAGCACCCGUCGAGUCAAGGGGACGCCAGCAUGGCCAAACGCAUGGCCGUGCUUAUCUUCACCAAUUUCCUGUGUCUGGCACCCAUCUCCUUCUAUGGCCUGUCUGCUGCGCUGCACCACCCACUCAUCACCGUCACCGACUCCAAGGUGCUGCUGGUGCUAUUUUACCCUUUGAACUCGUGUGCCAACCCCUUCCUGUACGGUAUCCUGACGCGAGCCUUCCACGGGGACGUUCUGAUUCUGCUGAGCCGCUUGGGGCUGUGUCAACGUCAGGCCCAGCUCUUCCGAGGAGCGCAGUCCGACGUGGGCAGCCCCGCUGGGGGCAAGAUGCGCCAAGGGGUUCCCUGUCUUGGUGCCCACAUACCCCAGAUCCUGGAGCUCCGCAAGAGGCAGAGACCGUAA